CCAAUCAACUAGAGAACGUUUAAAAAGAAUUGUUUCUCCUGAGGGUUUCUUUUGCUACGUACAUUGGCGUGAAGAUAUUAGUGUAGGCGAGUCUUUUAACAACUUGAGUAUGGCAAAUAUUGAAGAAAUCAUUACAUGUGGCAUAUGUCUCGGAAGGAUGAUUAACCCGCGGAUGUUACAUUGUCAACAUUCCUUUUGUCUCAAUUGUCUGGCGAGUAUUUUUGCAACUAAAUACAUCGAGAAAAAGACCGAUGGACAUGAUGUGAAGGUUGUUUUGCCCGAUAUUCUUAUAGACAUCUGGACUAAAAGACAAUAUUUGCAAAUCAAGUGCCCAUUUUGUAACGUAGAGAAUCGCUACACUGGGAAUUUGCUCCAUUCUGCCUUGCCAAGGAGCCUGAUUGUGACACAGUUACAAACAGGAAUUCCCCCACAACAAGAUGACCAAGAGCAACACAAGUGUCGUUAUUGUGAGGAGUCAAAAAUGUCUUUAUACGAAUGUUGUGAAUGCGAUCAUAUGAUUUGUGAAAGUUGCUUUAAUUCUGCCCUUGGAGAAGUAUGUAGAGUGGGUUUACAUUUUGUUUUGAAGCGCCAAAACAAUCUUUCACUGUGUCUGAACCACAGUAUAGAGCUGACGUACCAUUGUAAUACUUGCAACCGUCCGCUUUGUUGUGACUGUUUCAUUCAAGACCAUGGACAGCAUGAUGUUGUCAAGAUUUCUGAAGCUGAAAAACAAAUACGAAAGAAACUUGAGAUGUGCAAAUCAAUUUCAGAUAUUAACGUAUCUAACUUUCAAAGUUUGGAGAAGGAGAUACAGAAUUAUAAGUACAGCAUCGAUAGAGCUGCUGGAGCUACUGUGGAUAGAAUAAAGCAACAGGAGCUGGUUUUUUUUGGGAUUAUUACAUCUCUUUUCAAAGAGAUGCAAGAAGAAAUAUUCAACAAGACCAAACUCGCUAAAGAAAUUGCAGACACAUUAUUGUCGCAGCUGAAAAAUGAAAGCAACCAAGGACGUAAAGACAAGAUUUAUGAAUUUUGCUCUGAGCUAGAGGGCAAAAGAAUGUCAAUAGAAAGGCAAUGGGGAAAGGCUUCUUUUUUUUGGCAGCAUUGCAUUGUGGAAGAAGAUAAUAUAUUGUCUAUUGAGCAGGAAUUUGAGAAGUUGAAAGAGGAAAAAAUGUUGGAAUGGGAUUCUGAGAGCAUUGUGAAUUUCAUAUCUGCAGUGUUAAUUUAUGUCAAAGAAAAAAAUUUUGAAAAAUAUGCCUGCAAUGAGUUGCAUGGAAACCAAACUCUUAAGAAGUUUUUCAGUCCAAACUCAGCCAGAAGUGAUUCUACUUCAUCAAUUAGUGGAAAAGAAAUAAAGAACGAAAUAAAGAUGACGUACCAAAAUCAUUUUUUGCCACCAGUAUCUGACGAUAGUACGGCUGCAAAUGGACAUGUUAACACGCACUCACGAAAGAAGGUGACGUUCAGUAUUGACAGCACCCUUUGUCCAGCUAAGGAGACCAAUUUGCAACAGAAACUUCAGAAGUUUGUAAAAAGAGUUCUAAACCAUCGUUGGAAAGAACCAACAGACAGAAGACUGCAUUUGAAGAAAAAAAGAAGAGAAAGCAAUGAAGGAAAAGAAAGAAGUAAGAAAAGAAUAAAAAGAAAAGUAAAAUAGAGUUAAGAAGAAGAAAGGCUAUUAUAAUCGAGGUCAAACCACUCCUCAUGAUGAUUUACAUGACUGGCAUGAUUUUAUGAUCGUUCUUGCUGAUUUAAAUAAGCUUUAUUUUGGGAUUUUUGCCAUGAUUUUUGUAUCGUAUUUUUCUUGCGACUUGACAUUAUUUGAAUGAUUUUAUAAUCGUUGGAUAUUUUAAAAUGAUUUAAAUGAUUUCAUAUGACUUUAAUGACUUUAAUGACUUUUUAGAGAUUUCGUUGUAAUCUUAGAGGUUCUACUGUGAUUCUGCAUGAUUCUAUAAUUAUUUGUUUUUCUGGGAUGAUUUAAACAAUGUUUGUGAUUUUUUUGUAAUUUUGAUGAUAUGGUUGGGAUUAUUUUUAUAAUUUGAAUUUUUGUUGUUGAUGAUUUUCUUGAAAUUUA